AAAAGUCAAAAGACACAUUGCAAACGGCGUAGAUACGUGUCCGAACGCGCGCAGAAUCCAGAUCAUCAGGUAAGAGAGCGAGAUCGAAGAAGAAGAUGGCAUUGCAAUGGCUGAUUCUAUCGUAUGUAGUUGCUGCGGAGGUCGUGAUCGCCGUCAUCUUGACACUCCCUUACCCGAUGCUCGUGAAGAAACGAAUCGUAUCACUUGUCUCGCUCAUACUCCAGCCUGCCGCCUCCAUCGUCGCCUUCGCUGGAUUUCAACUCCUCGAUCUUUACUGGAAGAAUGAGCAUAGACUAAUGUGCUCCUCUGAGGUUUGCACUGCUACAGAACGUGAUCGCUACGAGAAAUCUAUCUACAAGGCUCAGCGGAAUGUGGUUCUCUGUGCGGCUGGGAUCCUUCUUUACUGGUGUAUUUAUCGCAUCUGCAAGUACAACAAAGACCUUGAGCAUUUGGAGGAACUAGAGAAGAGAUGCAAGGCAGAGUAGUAGUCCUCCUCAUAAUCUGGUUCUUCUGUUAUAGAUAUUACUUCGGCUUGUGAGUAGUCCCAAAAACUGAAACAAGACCAGGAUGUAUCUAGAUAAAUCUUUGCACAGACCUUGUUUUGUGUUUAUUCCUCUUCAAACUUUGUGUUACUUUUCUUGAAACAACUCUUAUUUUAUUUCAUGUCCCUAAUUGACAUUUA